CUGGAGGAUCUGAGUAUUUCGCUCCAUUACAAGUGGAGUUGCGAUGGAAAAUUAAAACAAUACGCAAAGGAAAUUGUUAUGUUAUUGUUGGUGUGUCCACAAGUCUUAAGAUAUUCUGCAAAAGAUCUCUCGGCACAUGUUUAGUUUAGACCUUGUUUUCACUUUCUUGUCCACUUCAUUUGCUUUUCCCUUUAAUAAAUAAACAUACAGGAGCCAGCGGCAAACAAUUUUAUUACCUGUACUACUAUCAUUGUAAGCAUUUUUCGGCAAUGAUAUUGUUGUACAGUUAGUGUAGUACAUUAUUACAAAUCAUUCUUAUCGUGUAAUUGAUCUUUUUUAUCUCUUAAAGUCUUCCUCUUUGGUGGUUUUCAAUCAAACCAUGAAUCUACAGUGGGCGGGUGUGAUUUCCUGCGAAACCAACUGAAGGAAAUAGUUUUAACUGUUUAAAAGACUAAGGGCUUUACGUAUGAACGUGUCGAAUUUGACCUCUAACUUUUAAUAUAUAUAUAUUUUUAAAUACAUUUGUUUAAAUUCACUUUUACCUUUUGAAUAUUGCACCAAUUUCACUUUCUACUACUUAGAAUAUUACGAGGAGGAGGAAGUACUACAGUAACAUUUACACCUAGUUUUAAUAAGCAAUUUAAAAACGUUAAAACUCCAAAUGUAUACUCCAAGUGUAUGUGGGUUUUUUCACUGCUAUUUUGACACUUUAUUGUAGUUUCCGGUUUAGAUAAGCACGUCACCGCGACAGUUAAUUUGCGACAAGGAGACAGAACUCGGCUCUAAAUCUGCCAUUUAAAAUACAAAUGGAAAAGAGUUCUUGUCUCGGGGUUUGCCGUGAAUUAAUGCUCUUGUAAAUUAAAAUAUUUAAAAAUGAUUCAGUUUUUCUAUGACACACUUUUGAAAUGAAAAACAAAUAAUCACGACACAGGCCGCAAAUGGAUCCGCGGGACUGGCGUGAAGGGAGCCUCAAACCGUGCUGUAAGCGGGAGGAGACACCCGGGAAGGAAGCGACAGACGGCAGCGCCAUUAUGUUGAGGCAAAGGAGAGCAGUGGAGGAGGAAAAAGAGGAGGAGAAUGAUGCGGGAACUGCAGAUGGUGAUGAUGCUACGCACCUGCAGCUCAAACCGCUACAGGAAGACGAUGGUGACAAGUACGAGGAGGAACUGGACCCGAGGAUUCAGGAGGAGCUGGAACAUCUCAACCAGGCCAGUGAUGAGAUCAACAAACUGGAGCUGCAGCUCGACGAUGCUAGGUCCAGCUACAGGAGGAUUCUGACUGAUUCUGCAAGGAAACUGAACACUCAAGGCUCUCAGCUUGGCGCGUGCAUCGAGAAAGCAAGACCCUACUAUGAGGCUCGUAGACUUGCCAAAGAGGCCCAGCAGGAGACCCAGAAGGCUGCUCUCAGGUAUGAGAGGGCCGUGUCCAUGCACUCUGCUGCCAGAGAGAUGGUUUAUGUGGCUGAGCAGGGUCUGCUGGCCGACAGGAACACAAUGGAUUCCACAUGGCAGGAGAUGCUGAACCACGCCACUGCCAAGGUCAACGAGGCUGAAGAGGAGCGUCUCAACAGUGAGCGAGAACACCAGUACGUCACACAUCUCUGCCAAGAGGCGGAGGCUCGAGUCCAGACUCUCCAGAAAGCCCUGAAGAAGGUCAUCGUGAAGUCAAAACCGUACUUUGAGUUAAAGGCUCAAUUCAACCACAUCUUAGAGGAACACAAAGCUAAAGUGAUACAACUGGAGGAACAGGUGGCUAAGGUAAAAACGCGUUACUCCGUGGCCCUGCGUAACCUGGAGCAGAUCAGCGAGCAGAUCCACGCAAGGCGCGGGCAGAUCAGGGCCAGCGGGGGUCAUUCGGAAGCCUUCGGUGGGCGGAGCUCCCCGGUAGGUGCUGAGGCUGACGUCAGAGGCGCUGCCGGGAUUCACGUUCACAACUGCAUGGCCGUCAGGGAGAUCGAAGCGGACUGGGUGGACGAGAAAACGCGGCUCUGGGUCGAGAGGCACAGGGAGAGCGGAUGGGGCCAGGGGGAGCAGACGGAGACGGAGCAGACCAGCUCCGACCACAUGUCAGUCAUCAGCCUGCAGACCAUAGCCUCCGAUCUAGAGAAGUAUGACUCAGUGGAGCAUCUGGGUGACCUGAGUGAUGCUGGGAGCCUGCUGUGUGAGGAGUGGAGUCACAGGAAAAAGCCUAAUGCCAGGCCGGUCAGCAGGGAGGUAGUGACCUUCAGGGACCAGCGGGGGACAGCUCAACAAGAGACUGGGCUGUUGAAAAAAGAAAAACGGCAGAGCUUUGUCAAGCAGCACCACAGAAGUGUUAGUCUAUAGCUGCAGUUUCACUGCGUAUUGCCAGUACCUUUUUAGCACCAGAAACCUUUGUGAAAUACGCAAAUAGUUCGGAAGCACACUGCAUGUGUCAGCGUGUUACUGUUCUGCUGCUUGUCAUGCACGUCUUAUGUUUACAAUGUUAACGUCGUGUCCAGGCGCCAUUUUUUUUUAACUUUUGCUGGCCAUAAAUAACGUUAGUAUUACAUCCUAAUACUGUAGCGCUCCGCAAAGUGAGCGAUAGUAGACGGCGUGCUUCUUCGAUGAAGCACCGUACUACUCUUUGUGCAGUAAAUGGCUAGCCAAUCAGCUGCGCUGUGUCGGUCUGAUGAAUAAUUUAGAGUAAAAGCACUUGUUCCUUAUACUCUUCAAAGUAGUCGCAAAGAAUUCAUAGUCAAACUUCCGUAAGAAGCGCGAGUCCUUCAAAGAAUACACAAGUUUCGGAUUCUCAAACGACUCGCGGAUAACGCGUGAUUUGAACGUGUGACGUAAAACUGAAUCAUAGUCAUCGCUUAUACACCCAUGAAUGACGCGAAUCGGUAAUUACGGACAGGUUCCGUGUUUUAUUCCGCGUUGAUUUUAAAACCAAUAAAGCACAGUUUGUGCUUUCUUAUCAUCGAGCAAGAAAUUAGGUUCAAAUAGUUCCAAGGCGGGGGUGUCAAACAUAUGGCCCGUGGUCAGAAACCGGCACGUUAGGUUGUUCAGUCCGGCCCGCUUGAUUAAAUAAGUUAAAAUAAUUUUUAAAAAUCUUCAAACACUUCAUGUUCAGGAUAUUUUGGUA